UCAGUCUCAAAAAAAAAAAAAAAAACGUGCUUUCUAGUGAUGAUGAGAGUGCAAGGAAAUAGUUUCUUCUAUGCAAUGUUGGUAAGAACGAAAAUAAGGACAACCUUUUGUGAAGAUAACUUAGUAGUAUCUUAAUACAGAGACCUUCUGAUUCAUCACUAUCACUUAUAUAACUCUAUCCUACUGAAAUAAUAAGGUAAAUGUGAAAUGAUAUAGGCGCAAAGGUAGUCACUGAAGCACUAUUUGUAAAAGUAAAAACCUAGAAACCUAAAUCCCCAUCAAUAGGAGAAGGAUUGUUUAAAUGAUGUAACUUUCACAUUGAACACUAUGCAGCCAUGUGUAGACACACAUAUAUUCACCUGGAAAGAAAUUCAUGACAUAAAGUGGAAAAAAUGCAGAACUCUACUUACGAAAUCAUUUGGGGGAAGGAGAGGAAGUGGAGAAGAUAAGGCAGUGGGGGCAAAAACAACUGUGUAAGCAUAGAAAACAAGUCUGUAUGGUUGUGCAAAAUAGUAAUAGUUAUAAGAAUGUGAGGAUUAUUUUAGAAAAAUCCAUGGCUGGGAACUGAGAUUAGAAAAUUCCACAAUGAAGAUAGGUCUAGUGACUGACUGCCCUUGGUGUCUCUGCUGGUGUCUGUGCAUCUACUCUCUUCCAUCUUUUCUGAUCAGUCUCUUCUGCUUAUUCAUUAUUUCUAUUCCAUAUCAUUUGGCUCACACAUGGCCCAGCAUGGAGACUCCUAUCUCUUUGCUAGUCCCUGAAUACAUCAGAAGGUUGCCAAAUUUGCAGAGGAAUUUUGUAAAGAACAAAUUGUAUAUACUGAUUUUACUUGGCUUUAUUUUUACCAUUGGAAGAACAAAUAAUUCCAAAACUGGGUGAAAAACCAGGGUAAAGGUAAAAAAAAUGAUACAAGGAAAAGUUGACUCUCGGAUAGAAAGAUGACUCAGUUUUUCAAUUAUUUAACAAUAAUUUAUCAGUUAUCAUAUUCAGAAAAAGCAUAGGACAUUUUGAGAAAAUCAAGUUUAGUAGAUUCAUUUUCUUUAGAUUUAUUUUUAAUUAUAAAAAUUCAAGUUAGGAGCUGUAAAACAUGAACGUAAGACUGGUUUAUUUGGUUGCUGAGGAAGAGAUCAAUCUUACCAGAGGACCCUCAGGGCUGGGCUUCAACAUCGUAGGCAGGACAGAUCAGCAGUAUGUCUCCAAUGACAGUGGCAUCUAUGUCAGCCGCAUCAAAGAAAAUGGGGCUGCGACCCUGGAUGGGCGGCUCCAGGAGCGUGAUAAGAUCCUUUCAGUAAAUGGCCAAGACCUAAAGAACCUGCUGCACCAGGAUGCUGUAGACAUCUUUCGUAAUGCAGGUUAUGCUGUGUCUCUGAGAGUGCAGCAUAGGUUACAGGUGCAGAAUGGACCUAUAGGACAUCGAGGUGAAGGGGACCCAAGUGGUAUUCCCAUAUUUAUGGUGCUGGUGCCAGUGUUUGCCCUCACCAUGGUAGCAGCCUGGGUUUUCAUGAGAUACCGGCAACAACUUUGAAAAACUUGCUCUCUUUCAGUACUCCCAAUGAAGAUACAUUUCACUCACCCUCCAUCCCUGCUAUUCUGCUGUGUCUUUCACUCUGUGCAUAGCCAGAUUUGAAGUGACUGAUACCCACCCCAAACCUUGCUGUUCAGAAUCUCCAAUUCUUCGUAUUCUAAUGGGAAAGUAAAGGUAUUGUUUGAAGGAAAACUGAA